GGUGCCCAGCGCCAGAGUCGUUUUCAAAUGCUUGUCCGUGCUCCUAAAGCUGACCUGCAUAGCCUGUGUUGGCACCAGCGCUGUGCUGGCGUGCGUUUGUACCUGUAAGGGUGACCGAACAGGUUACCGAUGAUGAGUGCCAAUGGAAGGGGCCCUUCUACUUCAUCCAAGGAGCAGAUCCUCAGUUUGGACUGAUGAAAGCUUGGACAUGUGGAGACACUGAUAAUGGAGAUGAUGAAUGGGGAGAAGAAAUCAAAUUAGCAGAGCAAGCAGUGCAGGCCAUUAACAAGCUAAACCCUAAACCCAAGUUCUUUGUGUUGUGUGGAGACCUUGUCCAUGGAAUGCCAGGAACCCUGUGGAGAAAAAACCAAGUGCAAGAUUUAAAGAACGUUCUGAAGAACACUGACCAGGACAUACCACUGGUGUUUGUCAGUGGGAAUCACGAUGUUGGGAAUUCUCCAACAAGAGAAACAAUAGAUGAUUACUGCAAGAACUGGGGAGAUGACUACUUCAGCUUUUGGGUUGGAGGUGUUUUCUUUCUUGUGCUGAAUUCUCAGUUAUUCUUCGAUUCUUCCCAAUGCCCUGAGUUGAAGGAAGCCCAGGAUGUGUGGCUGGAUGAGCAGCUGGCUGUUGCUGAAAAGCAGAAAUGCAAGCACAUAAUUGUAUUUCAGCACAUCCCUCUGUUUCUGAGUACACCCAAUGAAGACCAUGGUUAUUUCAACUUGGAGAAAUCAGUUCGUGAAGAGAUAAUGGAAAAGUUUCAUAAAGCAGGCAUUAAAGCUGUAUUUGCUGGGCAUUACCACAGGAAUGCUGGAGGGUCCUACAAAGGACUGGAAAUGGUGGUUUCAUCAGCUAUAGGAUGUCAGCUGGGAGAAGACACGCACGGGCUUCGGGUGGUGGUGGUCACAGAGGAAAAGCUGGUUCACAGAUAUUACAGUUUAAAUGAACUGAGCAGCCAAGGCAUAGAGAAAGAGCUGCUGGAUGUGCUUGCUAAGCAAAAGUAAGCUGUAUCAAAGGGGUUUUUCCAUAUUAGAUAAAUAUAAACAGUUUUAUGAAGUUUCCCCAAGCUAAAAUACAGGUUCCUGACUGCACCGUGUCCCAGAACAGCUCUCAAUUUGUUGUCCUCAAUAACAAGAAAGUUGUUGAUGUGUUUUUCUUUUUGAAAAUGAGACCUGUGAGGAACAUGGAAGAAGAGCAGAGCUAAUAUGGUGAUGUGUCACUGAAAAGUACUGCUCUGAGAAUUUUCAUCUCAAAAAGGUUUGAAAUCAGCAGAUUCCCACUGACUUUAAGCAACCUCCAGAUCAUUCCGUGUUACCUCCGUGUUGGAUUUUCCCCCAUUUCCCAGGCUUUACUUUCUUAGCUCUUUGGAGCCAGCAGCAGUAGGAGAACAAACACAUUCUGCUUUGCACUCACAGCUUGGGGUUCUGUUAUAUCCAUUAUAAGGUUUCAUAUAAUGUUACAUAGUUCUAUAGUUUGUGUUAUAUAGUUUUAUACAAUGAAAAGUCUAUAAAUGAGGCUAAUACAGACAUGCCACUGACAGCAACUAAAUGUGAAACAACUAUUUUCAUUUUGAAAUUUAACUACCAUUCAAUUAGCAUAUAUUCUUGCUACAGAAGUUGGAAUAAUUGCAUGGGGAGAAUGUUCUGUACAGAAGGCUGUUGUCAGAAGUCAUUUUGUUGAAUCAUAGACAAGAGGAGAGCAUUGAUUUCCAAAUGCAAUGUAGAGUGCCUUCCUGUAGUAUUAGAGAAUAUUGAAAACCCUAAAAAAUAUAUUUUCUUCAUUGGAAUAAGUCAUUAAAAUAAAUUCUGUAAAAGAA